ACACGAGUUGAACUUUAUAUAGAAGAAAAAUCUAUUUUCUAGUAUUGGGAUUUAUUCAAUCUUUAAUAUCGUCUCUAUAAAAAAAGAAAACAGUGAAGUUAAAGUUUUGACCCAAGAACAACGGUAACGGGCUAGUUUCUACCUUAGUCUGCGUGUGAAAGUGUUCGUAGUACCAAAACCGUCUUCUCAAUUGUUUCUUAUGGCGCGCGAUUCUCUCUAUGCUUAGCUGUAUAAAUACCAUAUGUGCAUAUACCGAUAAUGUGAAUGAUAUUAUCCGCCUAUUCAUAUUUUACAACCUCACGUUAAUCAUAGAGUGUGAGAAAGCAACGGUGUGAAGCGAUAUUUAUUUUUCAAAUGUAUGGAGACAUGUGCAAUUUAUAUGUUUUAUCAACUUGAACGGCGGCUCUUUUAUAUUUUCCACCAUGAUAAUUAAUUGGUCUUUGUUUAUUGACUAUUGGCAACAAAGCGAGAAAUAUUUGUCAAAAAUUUGAAAAAUCUGCUUAAUAUAUUAUAAAAUUAAUAAAAUUGUGGUUUAAGGUUCUUCACCUUUGCGAAUGCGUUCCGUUAUUUUGCGCAACAACCAAUUCCCAUUUGAUGGUCGACAAGUGCGAGUCCUCCUUUAUCGAGAAUGCGACAAGACCGGCCGCAAGUUGUUGUUCGACUCCAACGCACUGCAAAAAGUGACACUAAAGGAAACAAAUGGCAACAUUGGCAAAAGCGGUACUGAUCGCUUUACAAGAUUCAGUCAAUACACUACAAACAAUCGCAGUCGAAAUGGUAACGCAAAUAGUGGUAAAUCUCAAGCUUAUAAAACACAUUCCAGUAAUAGUUUCAUUGAAGUUUGUGAAGAAUAUGGCUAUAAGCAUGUACAACCAAACUCUGCAGAAUUUACUAAUAUUGGAGAAAUGGUAUUCGGAGCGUCGGCUAUGUCCUUUCGCGGAACAGCUUUUAAAGUACAUUGGUUACAACAGCCACCUCGUAUCUUAUGUUCACAAGUUUUUCUCACACCAGUCUAUUCUGGUAAUGGACAUUCGCCAUAUUCGACUAUUUCCACAAACAGUUUGGCCACACCACGUACUUCUAUAUCUAGUGAACAUGGCUCGAUGGACAACUUUUCGAUGAGUUCUUUUUCAAUGCUGGGUUAUCCUUUGAGCAUUGGCCGACAAUUUAGCCUGACUCCAAGCGAUCGUAAUAGUUUUAUAACUAGCCCGCUGGAUGUACCAGAUCAACAGUCAUUAUCAACAGCUUCUGAUGGUGGUAGAGCGGAUAGUGUACCACGUUUAUCGUCAACAUACAGCACUGUUACCGAUUCGGGUUACGACGGCAUGAGUAGAAGUCAAAUGUCCAGCGAUCAAUGGUCAGCAUCGUAUCAGUACUCUACACGCAGUAGUCUCGGCUCCAUGUCGUCGGAGCAAAUAGACACAUUGCAAAAAUACAAUUUUGAGUCAAUAUAUUUUGCAUAUACACCAUUGUUCGACGAUAAUACAAGUGACGGUAGCCUUCAGCGUCGCAUCUCUCGUAAUCUACGCACAUCGUUUGAGAAUGAACAUGCAAUUAAUGAUUUAAUUGGAUUUAUCAGUGAUAACUAUUCGUCAACGGGGAAUUCCAAUUGUGGAGGCAGUGAAGGCGGGAAUAUGGGUGUGCCGAAUUACAGACGAGCCAGUUAUAGUGCGAAUGAAUCACGCAGUAACCCAGAAAUUGGCCGACGUCGAGAUACGUUGUCAAGUGUUGGCGGUAAGCCUUCGCAUCGACGUGCUAAGCUGGGCUUGGCUGUGUGCAUCACUAUGAGUGAGUCUUUUGAAGAGGAGAUGGAACUAUUUUGUAGUGAGCACAUAGCAUUGCUGGAAUCGAUGUUGGGUCGGUUGCGUGCUUGUACGGAGCGAGCGUACAUUAAUCAUAAAGAAUUUUACCAGAUUAUGUUUCAAGCAUGGCUGGAGACACAACAGUGGUUUAGCGACUUGUUCACUGCACCUCGCAUCAAAUGCCCUAUUUGGCUCAGUAUAACCACCAGCGGCAACAAGUAUUCAAAGAGCGUUGCAGAAAAAUUUAUGAAAGAAUUAUGUUGGCUGCUUACAUUUGCUGAUACUAAGGAUACUAAUUUUUUUAUCAGCACUAUGUUGACGGCCAUUUUAACGCACCAUCUGGGUUGGGUAUCCACAGUUGCCGCAUUUAAUUCCAUAUCUUCCGUGACUGAGUCAUCUACAGCAGCGAUAGAACAACGCGCCAAACUUCUACAAGUCUCACAGAAACAUCCCUAUAAUGCCCUCUGGGCACAAAUGGGGGACCUAUAUGGAGCUAUUGGACUGCCACCACGAUUAGCGCGGACGGUUAUAUAUGGCACAGAAAAAUUAGCAGUGGAAAGACUGCUUAACAUACUCACCUAUUUCAUACGAUGUGGGGAAGUGAGACGUUCAGCUAAGCGUGAAGACUUUAACAAGGAUACACUUAAUUCUCUACUUCAAAAGCGAAAAAAUGAAGUAUUAAAGAAAUGUAGCAACGGAUCAUAUCAACGUGGUUCUAAUCCCAAAAAGUCAUCUCUCUCUGGGGACAUAAUAAACGGUGGCGGGGGGCUAAAACGUACACACACUUGUAAACAAAAUUUAAACACUAUAUCAGAUAGUGGAGAAUUAUCUGAAGAGACCGUAGGGGAAGAAGAGAAAAGCAGUGAUGAGGAGAUGGAUGGUGCUCAAGUUGUCCGCACGUUAAAAAAGAAUGAAAUUCCCAAUGUAUUGGCGUUUAGAGAUUCCCGCUUUGUUCAACAAGAAUUGCGAAUUGGAAAUUACCUAAUGGACACAGGCAUUGAAAAAAAAUCGUUGUUAAAAAUGGGAACAUCUCAAAACAGCUGUAACAGUAUGUCUCUAGCAGAGAAAGAGGGAAAAAUAAGAGUUUUAAUUACAACACCUGAUAAUGAAGAACUGUGCAUAGAAGAUGAAAGUUCACUCGGUGGUGGUAGUACAAGUGAAGAAGGUGCUGUAGAAGCCAUAGAAAUAGAUACUGGUAUUGAAGGACACUUUGCAUUAGCGGAUGAGGGGGUUGUGGAUACAGGAAAGAGACACUUUUUCUGGCAAGUUGUAAAAGAAGGUGUCAGCCUAAAGCAGCUACAACGGGGAGAGAAAGCAUUGAAUAUGUCUUAUUCUGGUGAUGGUGUACAACUCCGACAUCAAAUGGAAUUAGAUGAACCCAUGACUAAUCUGUCGCUUUCAGAUCUAAUUACACAAAAUAGCAUGGGAAAGACUGAUCGCAUGACAUGGGGCAUAGAGCCGCGUCGUGAAAAUGUGAGUUUAGAAGAAGAAAUUCACUUUGAUAAUUGUCAGAAGAAUCGUGCCAAUGUAAAUGCAAAUUCUAUAGGAGGUGUUGUAUUUAUGUUAGGCGAAAAUGAGCCACUUGUUAACAUUAAGAAAAGCAACGAAGAUCUUAUAACAGCUAUUGAAAAAGAGGGUACAAAAACAACACAUGUGGAUGACUCUAAUACCGGCAGCACUCAACAACUUUGUCCACUACAUCAACGUACACACGGCCCAACAUCGAAGCGACACUCGGGCGUUAAGUUUAACUUUGAACAGUUUCCGCAAAUCGCCACUAACUACAUGAAAAGCAAAAAUUUAGUGUUAUCCAACUAUGACCUGUUAUUGGACAAGAGCAAUAAAUUUAAAACACAAAGUGGUGGUGUCACGUUAGAAAGUUUAACUUCAGAUUGUUCGUCAUCUGCGUCGACAGCUAUUGAAAGUACACCAGAUAAUUCUACGGAAUGUAUGGUUUGCAAUAGCAUACUUAACUCAUAUCAAACGCCCUCCAACGCUACUGAAUUGGAAUUUGAAACAGAUGAGAUACGUUCUCCCCAUUGUCAACAAUCAGCGACCAAAGUGUUGAGGAGUCCGACAACACACAUGCCAUCGAUUAGCACGCGUACUUUGCAGCCUAUCGGCUCAGCUGCUUCAAUUGAUACACUGAAAGCUUCGUCUGUAGAUAAUUUUGCAGAACUUGAGCCUAAAUUGUGCUCACCGCCAUCUCCAACGGAGCGACAAAAGACGUACAACACAAAUACACGUAAAGUAUCCUCACACCGCGGUUCUAUCUCAUCUGUUGCUGCAAAGUGUGCGGCAGUAAAUGAAGCAUUACAUUUAGUGAAACUACCGGUACCCGGAAUUAGAGAUAUACCGCAAGAAGACGAAAUAAGUGCUGGAGAUGGCAUGAAAUUGCGAGCAGGUUUCGUACCGUCACUUUUUCUUAAUGUUAGUGAUCAUUACGUGUCUGAUAUGGUCUUACAGGGUACUUGUGCACCUCCAGAAAAAUGGCAGAUGUCACUUCGAGAAGAUCUGGCUUUAUCAGCUCGUGCUGCAUCACUAAUUUCAUUGUCUGCUGAGAAUGUGGCUAUCGUAGCGGAUAUGGAAAAGUGGGAUGUACGAUUGAUUUCGUCACAACUUCAACAUUUUCCAUACGUAGGCGAACAAAGUACUCCAGUGGGAAUGUCGCAAUUAGUGUCCAAUAUGCUCGAAACCGUGCAUGCAAUGAAUAACGCUGGAAUUUCCGCGUAUGAGUGUUUGGCAUUUCUGGAAUCGAAAAUGCAAGAAAUUUUUCUCCAAUCGGAAUCGUUAGCCGCCUUUCUACUCGAAACAGAAUUUUGCCAGUUAAGUACUGUAACCACAGCACUUAAUCUUAGUGAAAACGAUAUUCCAUUGCUAUUAUCGAUUGCAUCCAUUCAUACACCUCAAAUAGCUAAAAAGUGUGGAAUUAGCUUCCGGUGACAAGCUAUCAUUCUAAAAUGUUUUCAUUUCGGGUGAGGUACUUUAAGAAGUCAUGCAACGCUCAAUUUAAUACUCUAAGUAAAAAUGAUAUUUUCCUCACAUUCAUUUUCGUUUUUGUUUUUAAAAACAAUGAAUUGCUUGACAGGUUAGAUCAUUUAUAUGAUCUUGUGAUAUGUUUAUUAUGUACAUAUAUUUAUAUUAGGAAAAUACGAUUAGCGUAGAUUAUUUAUUUAUAAAAAAUCACAUUCACAUUCACAAUUCGAUGAUUACAGAGAUUUUGUAAUUACUACAAAUUCCAAUGCGAAAUGUGUGAUAAAUAUAUAUAUGUAUGUAGAUGUAAUUUCUUACUAUAGUAACUACUGUAUAAAACUUAAGAAUUUAAAUUGCUUGUGUCGAUAUUAAUGAAAGUUAAUUUUAAUUAAUUUAUUGCAAUUAUCAAAAUUGUGGGCAUAGACUAUAAGGUUCAAUAGCUUUAACAAGGCUAUAAUAACUAUUUAAGAAUAAUGUGACAUUUGAAUUUUCAUAGGUUAAUACCAUAAUGCAAGACGUCAAAUAUAUGUACUUUGUUUCAUAGCUACCAAAAUGGGUUAAUAUAAGUAUGAAUAGGACUUUAGUCCGAAAAAGAAAUGUAUUGAUUUUCAAUAUACAUUAUUGAAUAUAUUUUUGAUAAAAAAUAAAA